AUGGCGACAUCAGCCUCCGUCUUCGGCCUCAAAAAUCGGCAGCGGGCUGUUUUCGAAUCAGUUAUGUCCACUUCUAAUUCGGAUAAAAAGGUGAGGGAGUGGAAGGUUCUCGUUUGCGAUGCCGCGGCACAAGACUCUCUCUCCUGCCUGUUCCAGCCCACACAGCUGCGUCGACAUGGUGUUACUUUGCACACUCAGAUUGACAACCCGCGCGGCCCAGUUCCCGAUGUACCGGCUCUUUAUGUAAUUGCGCCCACCCCAGAGAACAUAGCCUGGCUCCUCAAAGAUCUCGCUCCAAGAAACCAGCUCUAUAAUACCGCGACGGUUUGCUUUACUUCGUUUGUCACGAGGCCCCUAUUAAUGGCCCUUGCAGCACAAAUGACCAUCCCGGCUCCCGUUACCCUUGUUAAGGACCUCUACGCUGACUUUGUCAGCUAUGAACAAAACCUAUUCUCGCUCAACAUACCCAACUCAUACCUUGCCAUGAAGAGCGCAAAAAGCGAAAGCGCUGUGAAGUCUUUUGUGGAUGUCGUUGUCUCAAGGUUGCUAUCCGUGUUACUUACGCUGGGCGCCAUCCCGAUUAUUCGCGCCCAGCGCGGUGGUGCGGCAGAAGCUGUCGCUUCCGCACUUGAUAAGAAGUUGCGUGAUAAUUUGAAACUGUUUCAGAGGUCCUCGUUUGCAAGCCGAGCGCUUUCUUUCAGACGCCCUUUGCUUCUCAUGCUGGACCGUGACUUUGAUUUUAAUUCCAUGUUACAUCACACAUGGACCUAUCAAGCUCUUGUCCAUGACUGUCUUGGAUUGAAGUUGAACAAUGUGUUCGUGAAUGUAAGUGACAGCAAGCCAAGGAACACUACAAAGCGGAAGCAGUACACUAUGAACAAGGAGCUCGACACAUUCUGGGCAGAGAAUGCCGCGUCUCCGUUUCCGCAGGUCGCAGAUGCCAUCGAAAAGGCUCUUGCCAAAUAUCGAGAGGAGGUGGAGGAGAUCAACAGGAAUGCUGGGGGUAGGAAUCAAUCCGCCAAAGCCUCUGUCUUCGAAACGUCAGGAUUGGCAGCAACCAUUGCCUCGUUACCUGAAUUGUCUCGACGGAAAGAAACAAUCGACGUACACACUAACAUCGCCACAGCUCUACUUGAAAAUAUCAACCAAAGAAGUCUGGACAGUUUUUUUGAGCUGGAAUCUCAAAUCAUGACCAACACCCAUCGCCCGGCAACGGCUCUUUCGGCAGAGGACUACAAAAUUCCGCUCGACCGCCUACGUCUUUUCCUCAUAUACUACAGUGUUUUCGGAAGGCAAUUGCCUGAAAAGACGGUGGCAGAGUUUCGAGGUAUAUUGCACAAUGCUGGGGUCGACUCCUCUAUUAUAGAGUAUGUUGGGCGAAUGAAGGGGUAUCGGCACGACUUGAUGACCGCCCCAGUUCCUCGCCGCACAGGUACGAUAAACACGGCGAAGUUGAAGGGAAUCAUGACAAGCGUUGUUAGUCGAGGCUACAGGAGCUUUGCGAAUGUCGCUCAAAAUGCAAAGAAUCUCGUUGUGGAGGAGAAGAAAACUUUUGCAGUUUCGCGAACCCUUGAAAUAUUUAUGAGCGAACAAGCACGGUCAAGGCACGGCACCUCUGCGAAUGACAUUCUUGAAGGAUAUCUCCUGUUUGAUCCCAAGGCAAUGAGGCUCACUUCCAAGCAGAAAAUGGAGCGCAUGGUGUUUUCAGAUGCGAUUGUUUUCACGGUUGGUGGGGGCAAUUACGUUGAGUACGAAAAUUGCGUGGAGAUUGUGGAAUCCAGGUCCUCGGCAGUAAGCCCAAAGAAUGUUCUGUACGGCACCACCGAACUACUAACUUCAGAAGAGUUCCUCGCGCAAAUGGCCAGUGCUGAAAACGGGUCACGAUAA